GGCGGAGAGGGAUCAGAGCGAGUGGAACGGGCAGUAAGAAGGAGCCCCUGGGGCGGAGAAGGGGUGGAAGACAAGCUGGCGGGGGAGGGGGCUUUCCCCUGCCUUCAGGACAGACCGGAGAGGGGGCCGGACUCGCUUGAGUAGGCCUAGGGCUGGCCAGAGUCGGGUCCCCAGCCAUGGGGGGCGGACUUUCCCAGAGAGGACCGGAGCCUGCCAGACUGGUCCUGAUGGAAAGGGGAAGGCUUUGAGCCAAAUAGGACCACCCCGCGCCUGGAGCCAUCCGGAAGGGGUGGAACCCAGACGGCAGGAAGGCCGGAAAGAGCUCUUGAAUGCAGGAAAAACGCAGGGACGCGCUGAGGGAGGAGCCGGGGGUUAUUUACCUCCUAAUUGGUUGGGACCUCCUUCUUGGUCACGCCCCCGGCUUCCGGACACACUCCCCUUCCUUAAGCUUAAACCCCUCCCGUUCCUCUGAAACCGGGUCGCAGUCCCGCCUUCUUUCCUAGUACUUCCUGUUCCCGGCUAACCCUGCCCCUGAGCCGGGGGCCGGAGAGUGACCGUGGUCUGACUGACCCGGGGCAGCUCCACGGACGGGGUCAGGUCUCAAAGGCGGGCACCAGGCGGGAGGGGCGGCGCUCGGGCCGCGCACAGCCCGCGCUGGGUCCUGGCGGGCGGCGAGGCUGGGGCUGACUCCUGUCUCAGGAUGCCCGGGGAGGAGGAGCGGGCCUUCCUGGAGGCCCGCGAAGAGCUGGCGAGCGCCCUGAGGAGGGAUUCCGGGCAGGCGUUUUCAUUGGAGCAGCUCCGGCCCCUACUGGCCACCUCCCUGCCGCCAGCCGCCCGCUACCUGCAGCUGGACGCCGCACGCCUGGUCCGCUGCAACGCUCAUGGGGAGCCCCGAAACUACCUCAACACCCUGUCCACGGCCCUGAACAUCCUGGAGAAAUACGGCCGCAACCUCCUCAGCCCUCAGCGGCCCCGGUACUGGCGCGGGGUCAAGUUUAAUAACCCUGUCUUUCGCAGCACAGUGGAUGCGGUGCAGGGGGGCCGGGAUGUGCUACGAUUGUAUGGCUACACGGAGGAGCAGCCAGAUGGGUUGAGCUUCCCCGAAGGGCAGGAGGAGCCAGAUGAGCACCAGGUUGCUACAGUCACACUGGAAGUACUGCUGCUUCGGACAGAGCUCAGCCUGCUGUUGCAGAAUACUCAUCCAAGAAAGAGGGCACUGGAACAGCUGCUGGAAGACAACGUUGAAGAUGAUACGCUACAGCUUUCAGAGUUUGAACCCUUACUGAGAGAGAUUGCUCCUGGCCCCCUCACCACACCCUGUGCCACAGGCUCCACUCCUGGUCCUUGCUUCCUCUGUGGUUCUGCCCCAGGCACACUGCACUGCCUGUCCUGUAAACAGGCCUUGUGCCCAGCCUGUGACCACUUGUUCCAUGGACACCCAUCGCGUGCUCAUCACCUCCGCCAGACCCUUCCCAGGACCCUGAUCCAGGCCACCCACCUGAGCUCCAGUUUACCUGCCUCGGCCCAGCCACGGCCCCAGCCGACCUCCCUGCUGGCCCUGGGAGACAGCUCUCUUUCUUCCCCUGAUCCUGCAAGUGCUCGUUUGCCCUGGCACUGUGCUGCCUGUGCCAUGCUAAAUGAGCCUUGGACAGUGCUCUGUGUGGCCUGUGAUCGGCCCCGAGGCUGUAAGGGUUUGGGGUUGAGGAUCGAGGGUCCCCAAGGAACUGAGGGCUUAGAACCUGAGCUUGCACGGGGUCGGUGGGCCUGCCAGAGCUGUACCUUUGAGAAUGAGGGAGCAGCUGUGCUAUGUGCCAUAUGUGAGCGACCUCGGCUGGCCCAGCCUCCCAGCUUGGUGGUGGAUUCCCAGGAUGCUGGUAUUUGCCUGCAGCCCCUUCAGCAGGGGGAUACCUUGCUCUCUUCUGCCCAGACUCAAGUCUGGUACUGUAUUCAUUGUACCUUCUGCAACUCGGGCCCUGGCUGGGUGUGUGUUAUGUGCAACCGGACAAGCAGCCCCAUCCCAGUACAGCAUGACCCCCGGCCCCAUGCCAGUUCUUUGGAAAAGGGACUCCCUAAGCCUGGGCCUCCGGGAUGCCUCAGUGCCCCCCUGCCCAGUUCCUGUGAAGACUCUGAGAAGCACCGACAAGACAAGAUGCGGGAGGAAGGUCUCCAACUAGUGAUCAUGAUCCGGGAAGGGGAAGCUGCAGGUGCCUGUCCAGAGGAGGUCUUCUCAGCUCUGCAAUACUCAGGCACUGAGGUGCCCCUGAAGUGGUUGCGCUCAGAGCUGCCCUACGUGCUGGAGAUGGUGGCUGAGCUGGCUGGACAGCGGGACCCUGGGCUGGGUGCCUUUUCCUGUCAGGAGGCCCGGAAAGCCUGGCUGGAUCGUCAUGGCAACCUUGAUGAAGCUGUGGAAGAGUGCGUGAGGGCCCGGCGUAGGAAGGUGCAGGAGCUCCGGUCUCUGGGCUUUGGGCCUGAGGAGGGGUCUCUCCAGGCACUGUUCCAGCAUGGAGGUGAUGUGGCACGAGCCCUGACUGAGCUACAGCGACAGCGCCUAGAGCCCUUCCGUCAGCGCCUCUGGGACAGUGGUCCUGAGCCCACCCCCUCCUGGGAUGGACCAGAUAAGCAGAGCCUGGUCAGACGGCUUUUGGCCGUCUAUGCCCUCCCCAGUUGGGGCCGGGCAGAGCUGGCACUGUCACUGCUGCAGGAGACACCCAGGAACUAUGAGUUGGGGGAUGUGGUAGAAGCUGUGAAGCACAGCCAGGACCGGGCCUUCCUGCGCCGAUUGCUUGCCCAGGAGUGUGCUGUGUGUGGCUGGGCCCUGCCCCACAACCGGAUGCAGGCCCUGACUUCCUGUGAGUGCACCAUCUGUCCUGACUGCUUCCGCCAGCACUUCACCAUCGCCUUGAAGGAGAAGCACAUUACAGACAUGGUGUGCCCCGCCUGUGGCCGCCCCGACCUCACCGAUGACACACAGUUGCUCCCCUAUUUCUCCACCCUUGACAUCCAGCUUCGGGAGAGCCUAGAGCCAGACGCCUACGCAUUGUUUCAUAAGAAGCUGACUGAGCGUGUGCUGAUGCGGGACCCUAAGUUCUUGUGGUGUGCCAAGUGCUCCUUUGGGUUCAUAUAUGAACGUGAACAGCUGGAGGCGACAUGUCCCCAGUGUCACCAGACCUUCUGUGUGCGCUGCAAGCGCCAGUGGGAGGAGCAGCACCGAGGUCGGAGCUGCGAGGAUUUCCAGAACUGGAAACGCACCAAUGACCCAGAAUACCAGGCCCAGGGCCUGGCAAUGUAUCUUCAGGAAAAUGGCAUUGAUUGCCCCAAGUGCAAGUUCUCGUACGCCCUGGCCCGAGGAGGCUGCAUGCACUUUCACUGUACCCAGUGCCGCCACCAGUUCUGCAGUGGCUGCUACAAUGCCUUUUACGCCAAGAAUAAAUGUCCAGACCCUAACUGCAGGGUGAAAAAGUCCCUUCACGGCCAUCACCCUCGAGACUGCCUCUUCUACCUGAGGGACUGGACUGCUCCCCGGCUCCAAAAGCUGCUACAGGACAAUAACGUCAUGUUUAAUACAGAGCCUCCAGCUGGGGCCCGGGCAGUCCCUGGAGGUGGCUGUCGAGUGAUGGAGCAGAAAGAGGUUCCCAAUGGGCUCAGGGAUGAAGCUUGUGGCAAGGAAACUCCAGCUGGCUAUGCCGGCCUCUGCCAGGCACACUACAAAGAGUAUCUUGUGAGCCUCAUCAAUGCCCACUCACUGGACCCAGCCACCCUGUAUGAGGUUGAAGAGCUGGAGACAGCCACUGAGCGCUACCUGCACGUGCGUCCCCAGCCAUUGGCUGGAGAAGAUGCCCCUACCUACCAAGCCCGCCUGUUACAGAAGCUGACAGAAGAGGUUCCCUUGGGACAGAGUAUCCCCCGCAGAAGGAAGUAGCCGGGGCAAGGGUCCAGAUGAGGGUCCCGUGGCCUGACUCCCUCAGGAACAGCUCCAGCACCAAUAAAGAAGCAUCUUAUUGCCCAGG